AUGAAGAAGCAGGCAAGUGAGAAGGAAGUAGAAGAUGCUAGGGUUGAGGAGGCAUCAAAGGAAACACCACUAAAGCCACUUGCUCCAUAUGUGCCCAAGAUUCCUUUUCCUCAAAGGUUAGCACAAGCUAAACUUGAGAAAAAGUUCUGUAAGUUCCUCGAUAUUCUUAAAAAGCUUCAUAUUAAUAUUCCAUUCCUAGAUGCCAUAUCUGAGAUACCUUCUUAUGCAAAAUUUUUAAAAGAUAUGUUAUCUAACAAGAGGAAAUUAGAAGACAAUACUACUGUUGCUUUGAAUGCAGAGUGUAGUGCUAUUUUGCAGAACACUCUCCCUAAGAAAUUAGGAGAUCCAGGUGCAAGUGUGAGUCUUAUGCCGUUGUCCAUAUGCAAGAAGCUACAGCUGGGUGAGCUUAAACCCACACGAAUAUCUCUACAACUUGCAGACAGGUCAGUGAAGUUUCCUUUGGGUGUACUUGAGGAUGUACCCCUCAGAUUAGGUAAGUUUUUCAUUCCAUGUGAUUUUGUUGUGAUGGAGAUGGAAGAAGAUGUGAAUGUUCCGAUCAUACUUGGUAGACCUUUCCUAGCUACUGCAGGUGCAAUCAUAGACAUGAAGAAAGGUAAGAUCACUUUUUGA